AUGUCACUGCUUGUUGCUUUAAUUAUUGGUACAGGUGAUGAAUUAGGAGAUGAAAUAGCUUAUCAGUUAGGAAAAAAAGGUAUAUGUGUUUUAUUUUGUUCAAAUGAUGAAAAUAAAUUUGAACGAAUAAUAAAAAAAUUGAACGAUGA